AUGCCAAUUGACCUCAAAGGGAAGGUAGCUCUCAUCACCGGUGGUUCUGCUGGUCUGGGGGCUGAAGUUGCUGUGCAACUUGCUCAGGAAGGGGUGGACCUAGCAAUCAACUACGCAAACUCGAGAGAACGGGCCGAAAAUCUCCAAAAGAAAAUUGAGACGGAAUAUGAUGUCAAGGUGGUAUUAAUACAGGCCAGCAUUUUUGAAGCUGGAGCGGCUGAGUUGUUGGUAGCGAAGACCAUCGAAUCAUUUGGAAGGCUUGACAUCGUUGUUUCCAACGCUGGUUGGACCAAAGUCGUGCCAUACGAGGAUCUGGAUGCUCUUGACGAAGAACUGUGGGACGGUUGCUUUAAUGCCAACGUCAAAAGCCACUUCUAUCUCUACAAAGCUGCCAAGAAGCACCUUGAGGCUAACGAAGACGGUGGGUGUUUCCUCGUGAGUGCCUCAGUCGCUGGUAGAAUUGUCUAUGGUUCUAGUAUCCCUUACGCUGUCAGUAAAUCAGCAUUGAUCCAUUUGGUGAAGUUCCUGGCGAAAACUCAGGGGACCAAGAUCCGCGUCCAUGCGAUAUGCCCAGGGUUGCUGCUGACCGAAUGGGGGCAAAAGUUUGGACCAGAAAGAAUCAAAACGGCAACAGAUCAGACUCCAAUAAAAAAGCUCCCAGAAUUGGACGAAUGUGCCUCGCAUUAUAUCCAUCUUGCGAAGCUUUCCAGUUCCACGGGAACAGUGGUGGCUAUUGACGGGGGCGUGUCUGUGUAA